AAUGGCCACCAACAAUGCCACCAGGAUGGUCACAUUCCGUGAUCAUGUUGGCUCAAUCCGUUCUUGGUUCAAAACUUGCUUGUGGCUUCUGUCCCCGCCGUCCACCCUUAUGAGCCAGGCGUCCCUCUUCGACGCCGCAGUCGCGUCUCGCAUGCCGUCGAGCCAGCUCCUGCGGGCAACGGACGCGGCCCGGUGCGCGGAGCUGCUGGGCGGGAGGUUGGUGGUCAGGAACACGUUCAUACACUACGAGGAGCCCCGCCAACUUCUCCGCGCUUCGCGGUCGGCGCCCGCGCUGCGUGCUACGUCGGCGGGCCUCGGCGAGCCACCGUCGUCCUCGGCCGUCGAGUGGCGCACCACCUUGCUGUUGCGCAACCUGCCGUACGUGCUCACCCGGGACAUGUUCGUGCAGUUGUUGGACUCGCACGGCUUUCGAACGCAGUACGACCUGGUGUACCUACCGGUUGAUUUCAAAACGAACCAGAAUCUCGGCUAUGGGUUCGUCAACGCGGUCAGUCCUGAGAUCGCCACCCGCUUCUUCAUCGCUUUCGAUGGCUUCCAGGCGUGGCCCAAGAAGAGCCUGAAGACGUGCAGCGUGUGCUGGAGUGACCGGCAGGGCCUCGAGAGCAACAUCCGCGUCUACCGCAACUUGGGGGUCAUGAAGCAACCACCUCCGAGGCCUGGAAGCCGGCACUCUUCUCGCAGGGCCGCCGGGUGCCGUUCCCCGCGCCCACGAGGAGGCUGCGGGGCCUCACCGGCAGGCUGGCCCCGGCGCAGCGCGGCUCCCACCCGCUCGGGCAGCGGAUGCUCAGCGACGGCAGUUGACUUCAGACUGGAUGGAUGGGGGGAAGGUGACCUGUGUCUCCUCCUCCUCCCCCUCCUCCCCCUCCUGCUCCGCCUCCUCCUCCUCCUCCGCCUCCUCCUCCUCCUCCUCCUGUGCAGCGCCUGCGCCGCUCACAGUGUGUAUAUGCAGGUGUUGCAUUCAUCCUUCCAGCCAGCAGGGCUGCCACCUUCAAUCUGUUCGGGUGGGCAACUCUAUUGUUGCCAAUCGAUCCCGGUUCUGGCGACCGCGCUACCCGAUAUAGUAUCCUCGGGGCGCUAGCGUCGCGGCUCUCGCAGUGGUAGGCCGCGGGUGCUUGUUCUUGACGAGCCUGAAGGGCUGGCGGCAACCCACACCGGCCUGUUUGGAGGGGCGGAUUCGAGCUGCAUCUCGGAGGCUUUGGAGCCUCGGCGGUCACGCCCGCUGGGCGGAAGAGCCAGGGUAACAGGUGUCGAGCAUCCAGCAUAAUUCAAGUCCAGUGCACUGGCGUGCUGCUGGCCGUUCCCGGAUCUCUUUCAAGCCGCUGGAUGUUUUCCGCCAUACAAAACUCGCCGUGUUCCAACGGGGGCCGGCGCCCGCCCGUUCAUCGGGCGAAGCGCGCUAUGCACGUGCACCGAGCCUGGCAACGUCCCUCCUUGACCCAGGAUCGGUGCGUGUACCUCCCUGGCCAAGGCAAGAGGGCCCAUGCACCGAUCCUGGGCUCAGGGUUGGGCCUGGCCAGACUCGGUGUGUGUGUGUGUGUGUGUGUGCACAGUCAAGGGCUCCCACGAGGGCGCGAAGUUCUUCGCGCUUCGCGCCUCGCGGGCCUCGGUCCUCCUCCCCCUCCUCCUCGUCCUCCUCCUCUCCCCUUGGGGGGUGCGGCGCGAGAGCGCGAAGUUCUUCGCGCUCUCGCGCUUCGCGGAGCGCGAAGCGCGAAGUUGGGAGCCCUAGAUAGUUCUCAGCAGCACGCUCCUCCGCAUACAGCGCCUUGCUCUUCGCCACGUGGCCAGGACGCCGGUGGCGGCGCUAGUGCGGGUCAAAGGGCUCUCCGGCUCUGCUCCUCCCCCUUCCCCUUCC